AUGCAUGGAGAAAUCUGUUCAAGGAUGCACAUCAAGCCACAAGUUUCAAAUACAUUACUUUUAGCAAAUUUCUACCAAAAUCCAUAUCAUUUUAUGUCAUUACUUCCACCAGACACAUUAAUAAUCGAAAAUGAAACAAUUCGCAAUAAUUUUGAUGAAUUUUACCUUGAUGUUUACGAAGAACUUCGAACAUUUGGUCCUAUUUCAGAAUUUGUUGUAUCAGGUAAUCUCUGCGAGCAUUUACUCGGAAAUGUUUUAGUUAUGUAUGAAAAUUUAGAAAACGCACUUACAGCUUACAAUAAUUUACGAGGAAGGUACUAUGGCGGCCGCCCGAUUGAUGUUCAGUUUUCUCCUGUUGUCAACUUUAAUGUUGCUGUUUGCCGCCAGUUUAAAGAAGGUAAAUGUCCUCAUAAUGAAAAAUGCAAUUUUAUACAUCCGAUAAUACCUUCAGACAACAUUCUAGAGUUGUGUCCAGUUUCACAUGUUAUGGGACACAGUUCUUUGUCUUUAGAAGAUUUACAACCAAUCCAAAAUACAAACACAAGAAGUCGCGAUAGAGACAGAGACAGGGAUAGAGAACGUGAUAGAGAUAGAGACAAUUACAGAGAAAGAGAUCGCAAUAGAUAUCGUGAUUUUGAAAGAGAAAAUGAAAGGGAUCCAUACCAAAGAAACAGAAAUUAUAAUUACGAUAGAAAUCCAAGAUACAGUGAUCAAGUUCCUCCACGAAGAUACCAAGAAAACGUGAUAAGAGACUAUCCACCACCUGAAUCUACUGCUUAUCGACCAGAUUUACUACUUCCUGGCCAAGGAAUAUACGAGUAUCCGCAACCUGACGAGUAUCAACCAAAUAGAAGAAGAUAUCCAUCUCCAGAACAAGCUGCUCCACCUCCAUAUUAUAAUCGUUACAAUCCGGACAGAGGUUAUGACAGAAAUCCUGAUAGAAAUGAUUAUUACAGGAAUCCAAAUAGAAAUUAUAAUGAUAGAGGUUAUAAUCGUGGCCCAAGACGUGAUUCCUACUAA